GAACUAUCGAAUCAGAAACGAGUUGUACGCCAAACCGGCCUAUACUAACUAAACAAGCAGCACAUCGUCGUCACUGGCUUGCGCAUAUAAAUUCUAAACAUUAGCACAUUUAUCGAUUGACUAAAGUCCACGCGGCCCGGAGGUUACGAAGUGUAUUUUGAAACCAUGACCUUAUCGACCGAGGACAAAGAUAAGUGGGUCAUUUUUGGCGGACCCGAUCCGGUGAAUCUUCUGCAUGAUGGUUCUCUAGGAGAGAUGAUAAUCAAGGAACUUAAACUACGACCGGCAAAUAUCGGACUGAUCGACCCGGCAUCGGGAACGGAGCUCAGUUAUCAGCAAAUUCUCGACACAUCUAUAAAGGUAGCAAAAGGGUUGCAAAAUUUAGGCAUAAACAAAUCCGACACAGUCGCUAUCGUUAGCCACAACUGCCUAGAUUAUGCAUUUGCAAUGUUCGGUACUAUUUUUGCAGGGGCAUCUUUGGCCCAGUUCAAUCCUUCAUACCUCGAAGGUGAACUGACCCACGCUAUCCAGAUGACUAGGCCGAAGGUGAUGUUUGCCUCGCAAGAAUCUUCUCAACUUUUAAUCGAUUGUAACAAAAAGCUAAAAAGCGCCGAUAGGAUUGUUGUUUUUGGAAAAGGAGUCCCCGAAGCAAUCCCAUUCAGCGAUCUAAUUAAUCAACCGAUAGACACGGACACAUUCAAGCCGGACCCCGUCGACAAACAGAAUCACGUUGCUUUAAUCUUACUAUCAUCGGGAACAACUGGUUUGCCCAAGGGAGUGCAACUCACGCAUUCCAACAUUAUGACAACGAUAGCCCACGCUAAAGAAGCUGCCAAGCUGCUGGAUCUUCCCGAUCAAUUGGUUGCGCUCGCCGUAACUCCACUCUUCCAUGUGCAGGCAAGUGUCGGUCUGAUCAACAUGGUUACCAACAAUUGUCGGUGCGUUCUGAUGGCAAAAUUCGACCCACAUCUAUUUCUGAACAGCAUUCAAAAGUACAAAGUCAACCUCAUGUCAGUGGUGCCUCCGUUGAUGGUUUUCCUAGCCAAGCAUCCAAUGGUGGAUAACUACGACCUUUCAUCGCUAAUGACGUUGUUCUGCGGGGCAGCACCUUUGAGUAAGGAUAUCGAGGAUCAAGUUCGAGAGAGGCUGGGGAUCGCUUUCGUCCGGCAGGGCUAUGGCAUGACGGAAACCACGUACGUGAUGCUAAUGCAAACUGGCUUCGAGAAUAAGUCAGGAUGUGUCGGGAAAGUUCGAAUGGGCCAAUGGGCGAAGGUGGUGGAUCCGGAUAGUGGAGAAGUACUUGGACCCAACCAACGCGGGGAACUGUGGUUCAAGGGCUCGCUGAUAAUGAAAGGCUAUAUUGGAAAGGAGAGUGCCGUUGAUAGUGAAGGAUGGUUACAUACUGGAGACAUAGGGUAUUACGAUGAAGAUGAGGACUUCUUCAUUGUGGAUCGCAUAAAAGAGUUGAUCAAGUACAAAGGAUUUCAAGUUCCACCGGCAGAGCUGGAGGCGGUUCUGAUGAAACAUCCCAAGGUGAAGGAUGCUGCGGUUAUAGGUAUAGCAGACGAGAGAGUUGGUGAGUUGGCCACAGCUUUUGUCGUGAAAGAGCCUGGGAAAGAAGUCAGUGAGGAGGAGAUCAAGGCAUUCGUUGCCGAGCAUGUUUCACAGCAGAAGCAACUUCAUGGUGGAGUGAGAUUUAUUAAUGAAGUGCCUAGAACGGCAACGGGUAAAAUUCUGCGUAAGGAUUUAGUGCCAAAAGUCAAGGCAAAGCUUUGAAAUGCAAAUGAUGUUUAUACUAGAUAGGAAACAGGUAAAUAAAUGGUGAGGUUCACAAACUUUUCUUUAAAUCAUUGGAACAGAACUUCAACAUCCUAAAGCCAUGUCCCA